UCUGAUUGAUAGUCGGCAUAAAGAAGUGUAUUCUUUAAGAUGUUCACCUGUUUAUUGAUCUUAAAUUGCCUUUUGAAUAAUGUCUGCAGCGCGUUUCGCUGCCCCGGCUCAGUGGGUGGGACUUUACAUCGAUCCGAACCCGACUGGGAGGUGCGCAGAGAGACAGAAGGAGAAAGGAAGCGGAUCUCAUUUAGUUUCUCUCUCCGUCCCGUGAGUUCAGUACCGCCGACACGAUACCGACAGCGGCACUUUUAAACUCCGUCUCGGCUAAAUCGUGUACAAAGUAGGAGCCUGAAUACGAUGAAGAAGAAGAAGAAGGAGCAGGCUCGUUACUUUUAAACGCCUUAGUAUCGCUUCUCUCCGCCAGAGCAGGUGAAAGAUUGCAAAACGGUCUGCAGAGAACCACGUCUUUAGUCUACGCAUCAUUAUGGGACUUGGCUUACACCCAUGCCUUCUGUGUUGCCAAAUGAUGGUGCAGAGUUCAGGAUUUGUUGUGUGUGAAUUCCUUAUUUAUGCCCCAUUGAGCUGGCAUAUUUCUUCACUGUGAGUUAAACAUGAACAAAAACAUGGUUUCAAACGAAUCCUGUCACAAUACCACCUGCAAUGACACUCUCAUAGUGAAUGGAGAUGGCAAGCCAGCAACAAGCAUCAUCAUGUUUAUGGCUGCCAUGGUUGGAAACCUGCUGGCUCUCUUCAUCCUCGGGGUGCACCGGAAGGAGCAUCGCUCCAGGUCUUCAAUCUUCUGCAUCCUGGUGACCGGCCUGGCCCUCACCGACCUGCUGGGCACUUGCCUCCUCAGCCCACCUGUGUUCAUCUGCUACACCUACAACAUGUCCCUAAUAAGUCUGGGCGGCGAGGGCCUGUGCAACCUCUUUGGCUUUGCCAUGAGUUUCUUUGGCCUGGCGCCAACGCUCAUCCUGUGUGCCAUGGCCGUGGAGCGCUGCCUGGCCAUCAGCCACCCUUAUUUUUACUCUGUACACAUCCGCCGCAGGUUUGCCAAAUUAACUCUUUUCUUUAUUUACCUGUUUUCUUUGGCCUUCUGUCUGCUGCCAUACAUCGGCUAUGGCAAAUUCAGACAGUACUGUCCUGGCACGUGGUGCUUCAUCGACAUGGAUGCAGCAGGGGAUGAACAGGCCAGUUUGGUGCUGGCCUUCUCUCUCUCCUACUCCUCCCUCAUGGCACUGCUGAUAGUUGCUGUGUUCGUGUGCAACGGUUCAGUGAUUGUCAGCUUGUGCCAGAUGCACCGGAGCCAGAUGAUGCGGCGGGGCUCGAGUGGGACGACGGGGAGGAGAAGGAGGCUGAGCCUGGCCUGGUUCGUAAAGGGAGAAGAGGAGAUGGACCACCUGGUGCUGCUGGCGCUCAUCACUGUCAUCUUUGUGGUCUGCUCGCUGCCACUCACUAUUGCAGGCUUUAUCAACGCCAUUCAUCCAUUUUGUGGCGACACAAAGAACCUGACAGCCUUCCGCUUCUACGCACUGAACCCCAUCGUGGAUCCCUGGGUCUUCAUCAUCUGCCGCAAGUCUGUGUUUAACCACCUUUGCUCUCUGCUGAGCUGCCGUUUCAGCAGAAAAGCUGUGAAGACGACGGCCCACUGCUCUCUGUCUUUACCACUUGACAAUCACGUGCAGCGCAACAACCCAGACGUGACCGUUCCACAGACAAACAUGUACUCCAGUGUACCUCUGUGACCCAACAGGACCUGGAAGCUAGGAGGAGUCCGGGUCUGAUAAAACAUUUGUGAAAUGAUAUUUUAACAUUUGCAUCCCGGAUGCAUGCACUCACUAUAGAAAUAGAAACUGUUUCAAAGUUGCAGGAAGCCUUGUGCCAUAAAACAAACAGCACUGUAACUUAAGGAAACACAUCAAAUCAUGUACUAAUCAUGUAUGUAUGCCUAUGAAUAAUAUACUGUAGUAUCUGAAUAUGUGCACUCGGGUAAAAGCUAUAUGGAUGAACAAUA